GACAAUUCAUAAUGCAGACAGCAUGAUACAGCAUUACAGGCGCAGGCCACGUCAAUAAAUGGGCAUGAAUUGAAAGCUCGGAAACUUAUUUGCCAAGUACAAAAGGAUGACUUCCAUGAAUUUCAGGUAUUCCAGUCAAGACUUUGUGUCAGAAAUCCCAAAGGAUGCCAAGUUCAGUAAGUUUGACCAGGAGUUAAGAGGGAGAUGGGAUGAAGCAGUUGAAAAGGGGUUCUUUCGUUACAAGCUUGGAACCCUAUCAACGAGGGUAAUAGAAGGCCCUCAUAAGUUUGUGGCUCAGUUGAAUGAGAAGCGGGCAACUGACAGGCGGAAACCGCAAGAGAUAACAAGUACCAAGCAACCAUUCAAACCAGAAGAAUUCAACUUCAAUAAAGUCAAACCACAUGAGAUACUCAUGGAAAUGCACCCUGUCAAUCUGUCUUACCCAUCUUCAAAUGGAAUCACCAAUGGCACCAUUAGCUCACAUACUGAAACAGAAGAGUGCAUUAAUGGAGAAGGGAGGGGCAAGUAUCAGGUCAUCAUCAACAUCAGCCCUUUAGAAUAUGGAAAUGUUCUCCUUGUCCCCAGCCCUCAUUUAUGUCAACCACAGAUUGCCACUAUGGAAAUGAUACAAAUAGGUGUAGAAGCUGUCUUAUUAAGUUCAACCAGUGCAUUUAGGAUAGGUUACAACAGUCUAUGUGCUUACGCUUCUGUGAAUCACCUUCAUAUGCAUGCAUAUUAUGUACAUCACAGGUUACCAGUAGAGUACUGGCCAACGAAGGAGGUAGUUGAAGGCAGAGUUCAUGAGUCAAUCGGUUGGCCUGCUCAAGGAUUUCUUUUGCAGUUGAACAAAGAGAAUUAUUGGAAUGGUAUCAGAGACAUAUUUACGAUUGUGAAACAUCUACAAGACAAGGAUUUAGCUCACAAUAUGUUCUUCACAAGAGGCUCAACAUUAGGGCCCAAUCCUCAGGAAGACGGACAGACUGUAAGACUGUUUCUCUGGCCUCGCAUCUCCUCCUUUGGUAUAAAAGCAAAUGAUGCAUUCAAUGGUGCUUGUUGUGAACUUGGUGGUCAUCUUCCUAUUAAACUCAUUCAACGCUACAAUGACCUGACAGACGAGCAGUGCUGUGAGUUACUAGAAACGUGUUCCCUCUCAGCGGGAGAUUAUACUACUCUUAAAAAGGAGAUUAAGGACCUCUUUAAAUAAAUCCGGGCUCAUGUAUAUCAAGAAGGUAAAAACAUAGCAGCAUUUGAUUACUGGAUGGUGCAUUUCAGCUGACAUCAGGGGGUUUUAUUUCUCAGUAAAUUAUUCUCUAUUCAGCCCAGAAUAGAUAAGCAUUGUCCAUAUCUUUACAAAUCUUUCACAUAUGGGAGAUCUUACUCUGCAUUUUAGAGUACAGUAAAAGAAAUGAUUGCCAGAUUUCUUUUGAGAGGGAUACUAAUACCUGUAUUAGACAGAGUUAGAGAGAAGCUGAAAAGCCCAGAAAAGCAAGUUUUAACUGUAUGAUUUGAAUUUUCUCCAGUUUCAAACCCCAAUAGCAUACGUAUGAAUUAUCACGCUCAUAUCAUGUACUAAGGUCUUGAUAUAAGUGUUAAAGGACCAUAGUCAGGAGCUAUAGUACUGCCAUUACCAGGCAGACACUGUGGUCGUUCACAGACACACAUAGAAAGGGUUUUUUUUCAUGAUCGUGCGAUGAACGCAUGUACAGUGAAAAGGGUAUCAAAAAUAUAGGUAUACAAAAAUAGGUGUAUACACUUUAAACUGCCCAGAUAAGUGUAAAGGAUAUAAAAUUUUACCUAAUGGAAAUUCAGUAUUUGAGAUAUUUGCAUUAUUUAAUGUGGGUAAACACAAACCAAGUACAUGUUUUGUGUACUUCGAUAUAGACGGAUAAUUGUUGAAGAUCAAUUAUAAUGUCCAUGCAUGAGUGUGGUAUCCACAGAGGAAAAGAAAAAAAAUCAUAUUUGUAUCUCACUUUGUGUAAUUUAUAAAUAAUGGCUGAUAAUGUCUUGCUAUAUAUGUAUGUACAGUUAAGGCCAUAAGUGUACAUGCACCCAUGGAAUUCAGUGAAGUUUGUUCGCUUGCCAAACAUCGUAAAAUUUACUAUAUCUUCAUAAAUAUGAAUGCUACUAUGAUGAAUUUGGUAUCAACUGAAAGAGCGUAUUAAGCUCUUUCACAUGAUUGGGAUGCCAUUGGGAUUAAAGUAUAUUUCAGGAGGAAUUUU